AUGGAUUUGAAUAAGCUGAAAUCGAUAAGGAAAGCGAACAGAAGUGUAGUUACAAGACAUUUACGGAAAAUCGACGAUUUGAAAAACGAAGCGGAGUUAGCCAGGGUAGAUCUUUUUGCGACAUUCGAGAGUGUGGAACAGAAGAAGAAACUUUUAGAAGAUUUGAAUCAACAAAUUAUAAGUGCAAUCGAUGCAGAAGAUAUUGAAGAAGAAAUUCUCAACACAGAUGAGUAUACUUUAGAUUUAGAAACUAAACUAAAACACUUGCGUAUAUUCAUACAAAGUUUAGACAAUUCGAACAAUCAUACAAAUCAACAGUCAAAUUCAUCAUAUCAAAUAUUGAAUUAUGAAGCAUCACCAUUUAUUCCAACUACAUGUAUUGAAAAUCAACAACAGAGCUAUAUCGCACCGUCAAUGUCAACGUUUAGCAAUCAAACACACCACCUUCCGAAAUUAACUUUGCACAAUUUCAGUGGAAAUAUUAUUGAAUGGCAAUCUUUCUGGGAUUCUUUCGAAUCAGCAGUACAUAUGAACCCGAAUCUACCAGAUAUUCAGAAAUUCAACUAUUUAAAAUCACAACUUGGAGGUGAAGCUUCACAUACGAUUGAUGGGUUCGCAUUGACAAACGCUAAUUACAAGGAGGCAAUUAAUGUAUUAUAA